AUGGCAGCAACCACAGGCUCAGCAGCUUCCUGGCGCUGGCUACUGCGGCUCGGCCUCGUUUCGCUGCUGGUCUUCCAGCGGUGGACUGCACUUGGACUUAGUCGACCUUUCUGGGAGUUUUCAGUGUACUCCGAAGAUGGCGUCACCAAUCAGACGGUGCUAAAGCAACGGUACGACGCGAUAAACUAUUCGCUGCAAAUUUGGCCACAGCAAUAUCCAGGUCUGCGAGCACAGACGGUAACAUGUAACUUCUCCUUCAUCAACGAGUCAACUCAAUUUCUGAAGGAUCAAGCAACGCGCGAGACCGAGCUAUUUUAUGUGACCCAGUCGUUCGUAUCGACGCAAGCAGGUGUUCGACCGUUCUAUGCGAGCGGCUCUUACCAGCUUGCCUCAACCCAAGCGGUGCAGGAGUACCUGUUCAAGCCAGUGAACUCGGACUCGCUUCAGUGCUGGGUGUACCUGCGCUCUGCGAAUCGGUUCUAUCUGGGAACAGACGGCAAACCACCGCCAGAUGAAUACGAUCUUCCGACGGUUGUUCUACGAGCGGCGGCGAUAGUGCUGGGCUUCACAGGUCUCAUUCGUGCGAACGCCGUCAACCAGCCUGCUUUUCUCGUCGACGACAAUAACGACGAAGCAUCGACCUUCUUUGAUAUUUUCUUGUACGGAUCUCCUGAGCGUGGCCAUGACGGCUUCCUGCCGCUGGUAUCAUUGGGUGCGUUUGUGCACCACCAGGACUUGGUCCCGCGUUUCGUCACCUCCGAUGAGCUAUACUUUGCAUCGACAUCAGUUUUGAGCGAGUUACCGAGUCUCUAUGCCCCCAGCAAAUACACGCCGGAACAGUCUAUUUAUUUUCUGAGGCCAUCCGUUUCGGAUCAUUACUCUCUGAAGCGUACCUGUUCGCCUGUUUGCGCGGCGAACGACAGUGCAUUCUUCGUGGAAACAGCGGAUCCUGCGGACGCGCUCCUUUAUCCAACACUGGCUCCCGGUAUUGCGAUACAUUCGCUCGGGAACCGGACGCUUCAGAUGCUGUUGUGCACGAACGAUGGAUGCGAUCUCGGAGAAUCCAACGGGUGGCCUCUCUACGGGAUCGUACUGUUUGUGAUCGCUACGUUGACAGCAUCUGUUCUGCUGGCUUGGCUCCUUGUGCAGCUAAUACGUUGCUGGGCGCUGCGUUGGGAGAAAAAGGCUGACGUCAUGAUAGACGAGAUGAUGACACCAGCGGAUUUGGCGGAAGCCGAGGCAGAGGUUGCUUUUGAGUUUGGAGUCGACGAUCUCAACCAGGAAUACAAAUCUCGGCAUUGA